AUGGCUUCCGUCUUCCAGCAGGCUUCCAAAGCUGCCAAGGGCAAGCGCAAAGCCGACGCGCAGGAUGACGCCGCCAUCGCUGCUCCCAUUCGCCGAAACAAGCAGAGGGUCCUCAUGCUCCCCUCUCGAGGAGUCACCUCACGCAUGCGCCACCUUAUCAACGACCUCGAGACACUCAUGCCCCACGCCAAGAAAGACUCGAAGCUCGACUCGAAGUCGCAGCUUCACCUGCUCAACGAGCUUGCUGAGCUCAACAACUGCAACAACGCGCUCUACUUUGAAGCACGAAAGCGCGAGGACUUGUACAUGUGGGCGUCCAAGACCCCAAACGGCCCAUCUGCCAAGUUCCAGGUCCAAAACAUCCACACCAUGGACGAGCUCAAGAUGACGGGCAACUGCCUCAAGGGCUCCAGACCCAUCCUCUCGUUCGACAAGGAGUUUGACGAGAAGCCGCACUGGACGCUGAUCAAGGAGAUGUUUACUCAGAUGUUUGGUGUGCCCAAAGGAGCGCGCAAGUCGAAACCGUUCGUCGAUCACGUCAUCUCGUUUUCCAUUGUCGACAACAAGGUGUGGUUCCGCAACUACCAGAUCGUCGAGUCCGACCCAGGCGCAACCGCCUUGUCCAAGGUGGAGGAGACCCAGGAGGGAAAGAAGAAAGCCGGUGGCGACAAGGAUGCGUCAAGGCAGCCCAAGCUGGUCGAGAUUGGACCUCGCAUGGUGCUGUCGCCCAUCCGCGUGUUUGAAGGAAGCUUUGGCGGCGCGACCGUGUUCGAGAACCCCGAGUACAUUUCGCCCAAUGCGAUCCGCCACAUGGCUCGCAAGCAGAAGGGUAACAAGUACGCCGACCGCGUCAACCAGCAAGAGACUUUCCGCACCAAGAAGGAUCGUCUCAAGCCGCAAGAGCACGCUCUCAGUCGCAACAAGGUCUUUGCUUGA